UUCUAUGUCAUUGUGGGUGAUAUUAUUUUGUUUUAUUUUGGUCGCAAAAGUUCGUGAAUUUGUUAAGACAAACCAUGUCGCUGUCUACAGCACGUUCGUUCCUUUCAGAAGCAGGUUACGGAGAACAAGAAUUAGAUGCAAAUUCCGCUCUCAUGGAGUUGGAUAAAGGACUGCGAUCCGGCAAGCUGGGAGAACAGUGUGAGGCGGUGGUUCUCUUUCCCAAACUCUUUCAAAAAUAUCCGUUCCCGAUUCUCAUCAAUUCUGCCUUCCUAAAGCUGGCGGAUAUCUUCAGACUGGGGAACAACUUCCUUCGGCUGUGUGUGCUGAAGGUGACGCAACAGAGCGAGAAACACCUGGAGAAGAUCCUGAAUGUGGAUGAGUUUGUGAAGAGGGUUUUCUCUGUCAUACACAGCAAUGACCCGGUGGCCAGAGCCAUCACACUCAGGAUGCUGGGCAGCAUGGCUUCUAUAAUCCCAGAGAGGAAAAAUGCCCACCACAGCAUUCGCCAGAGUCUCGACUCCCAUGACAAUGUUGAAGUGGAGGCAGCCAUAUUUGCCGCAGCCAGCUUCUCGGCACAAUCAAAGGAUUUUGCUGCAGGAAUUUGCAACAAAAUCAGUGAGAUGAUUCAAGGUCUGGACACGCCGGUGGACCUGAAGCUGAAGCUCAUCCCCAUGCUUCAGCACAUGCACCAUGAUGCCGGCCUGGCCUCCAGCAGCAGGCAGCUCCUGCAGCAGCUGGUCACCUCCUACCCCUCCACCGAGAUGGUCAUCGUCACCCUUCACACCUUUACCCAGCUGGCAGCCUCCUCCCUCAUAGACAUCCCCAAACAGAUUCAGCUGCUGCUGCACUACCUGAAGGAGGACCCCCGAAAGGCAGUGAAGAGACUGUCCAUCCAGGACCUCAAGUUCCUGGCCAAAAAGGCUCCGCACCUUUGGACCAGAGAGAACACUCAGGCACUGUGUGAGUGUGCCCUGAGUAUUCCCUACAACAGUCUGAAGCUGGGCAUGCUGUCUGUGCUGUCCACACUCUCUGGAACCAUCGCCAUCAAGCAGUACUUCAGCCCUGCUGCAGGCAGCGCUCCAGGAACGUCUCGACCCACCGACCUCGUCAGGCUGGCGCAGGAGUGCUGUUACCACAGCAACCUGGCUGUGGCUGCCCAUGGGGUCACCGUGCUUUCCAACAUCGCCAUCUCCUGCCCGGAGAAAGAUGUGUUGCAGCUGGAACAGGACACAGUGCUGGGUGUGGAGUCUCUGCUGGUGAUGUGCAGUCAGGACGACAGCCCCAGUGCCCAGGCCACGCUGAAGACGGCCCUCACCUCCCUGGUGAAGCUGCUGAAGAGCCGCCCCCACCUGAGCCAGCCGGCCGUGGAGUUCCUGCUGUGCCAGCUGCGAUGCGCCAGGGACCCCGCCCGCGUCCUCAUGUGCCACGCCCUGGCCGCCAUCGCCAUGCAGCUGCCCGUGCUGGGGGAGGGCAUGCUGGGAGAUCUGGUGGACCUCUACAGGGUCGCCGGGCGCUCGGCUUCCGACAAACAGCAGGAGCUGCUGGUUUCCCUAGCAACGGUGGUCUUUGUGGCCAGCCAGUCAUCCCUGUCAGCGGAAGUGAAGACGGUGAUCAAGCAGCAGCUGGAGAACGUGGCAAAUGGCUGGACAGUGUACCGGAUCGCCCGGCAGGCCUCGCGCAUGGGCUGUCACGAGUUCUCCAGCGAGCUGUACCAGAGCCUGCGCACCCGCGUGGCCUCGGAGCACUUCUACUUCUGGCUGAACAGCCUGAAGGAGUUCUCCCAGGCCGAGCAGUGCCUCAGCCGCCUGAAGGACGGGGACUACAGCGGAGCCAUGACCGCCAUCGCCGAGGCCCUCAGGUCCUACCAGAAGGGCAUCGCCUCGCUCACGGCCGCCAGCACGCCCCUGAGCCCGCUGGCGUUCCAGUGCGAGUUUGUGAAGCUGCGCAUCGCCACGCUACAGGCGCUCUCGCAGCUCAUCUGCACCUGCAACAGCUUGAAGACCAGCCCGCCCCCCGCCAUCGCCACCACCAUCGCCCUGACCUCCGGCAGCGAGCUGCAGCGCUGCGGGCGCAUCUCCACGCAGAUGAGGGUGUCGAUGGACGAGUUCCGGAACCUGGCCACACGUUACGCCGACCUGUACCAGUCCUCGUUCGACGCGGACCCGGCUACCCUCAGAAACGUAGAGCUGCAACAGCAGAGCUGCCUACUGAUCUCUCAUGUGAUUGAGGCCCUCAUUCUGGACCCGCACACUUCCAGCUUCCAGGACUACAGCAUCCUGGGAUCGGAGCAGGCGGAGAGUGAGUAUGAGCGGAGGAUGAUGUCCGUCUUCAACCACGUGCUGGAGGAGGUGGAGUCUCUCAGCAGGAAACACCCGCCUGUCUCCUACCUGCACACGGGCUGUCUCUGUGACGCGGUCAUCGCUCUGCUGAAGGUCCCGCUGUCGUUCCAGAGGUACUUCUUCCAGAAGCUGCAGUCCACCAGCAUCAAGCUUGCUCUUUCUCCAUCACCUCGGAGCCCAACUGAACCAAUAGCAGUGCAGAACAACCAGCAGCUGACACUGAAGGUGGAGGGCGUGGUGCAGCAUGGCUCCGCCCCAGGGCUGUUCCGGAAGAUCCAGUCGGUCUGCCUGAAUGUUAGCUCCACCCUGCAGAGCAAGACCGGACAGGACUACAAGAUUCCGUUAGAGACAAAGACCAAUGAGAUCGAGCAGAGGGUGGAGCCCCACAACGAUUACUUUAGCACCCAGUUCCUGCUUAACUUCUCCAUCCUGGGCAGCCACACGGUCACCGUGGAGACCUCUGUGGUGGACUGCAGUGGCAUCGAGUGGAAGACGGGACCCAAGAGCACGGUGGCCGUCAAGUCCCUGGAAGACCCCUACUCCCAGCAGCUGCGCCACCAGCUCCAGCAGCAACAGCAAUCCCAGCAGACCUUGCCUCAGCCCGCCCCCCAGAGGAGCGUCUACACCCGCUUCCAGUGACUCCUCCCUGCCCUCCCUCCUGCCAAGCCCGUCCCUCCCUGCUCUGUCCCCUGUGUUUAGUAUAAGGUCAGCUGAAAUAACCAGUGGGAGCAUCUUUGUAAAGUAUGGUGGUUCUGUGUUCUGAGAGGGAUGGUUCUGUUUAGGGGUGGUCUGGGAGGGGUGAGUCAUUUUUUUUAUGUUCGCUUCAUGUUGGUGUCAUCACCUUCUCCACACGACUAGAUCAACACUGGAUUCAGGACUGUUUCAUAGAAGGCGGUCCAUUUUCUUUAAUGACCAGAAUGUUCAGCAGUGCCUCAUAUUGUUUGAAGUCCUUCAUUUCAAGUGUUACCUUGGAGUUCCACCGCAGAUGUUUGAAUACUUGGCAUAGCCAAAAGAAAUGCAGCCAUAAUUAUUAAGGCAGAAAAAGGAGUGUAUUCUGAUUGAUCACAUCUUGUCUCUGCUUUAUGCGCUAGUAGGCGUGAAGAGGAUCAAAUGAACAAGGCUGCAAUGUUUCAUUGUUUUUUUAUACAACUAUUUUUUGCCAAGGUAAGUUGAGACCUUUAACUUACAGAACACCAUUUGAAGAACCAGAUUUGUUCCUAAAACUACAAAUAAAUGAAAUGCAGCUGACAAGUUACACUUGUCUGUUAUUCAGGACCACGUGUCAGGUUUGAAAACGGUGUAUUGGCUACAUGCACAGGAGUACGUAACUGGUACUUACAGGGUUAACAAAACAUAUUUCCAAUGCAAAAACUUUUGAUGUCACAAAACUUUAACAUCACUGUUCACGUGAAAACCUUUCAAUACUUAAUCAGUACUGAUUGAAACUGCCAGUGAUGUUCCCUCAUGUUAAUCAUUAAAAUAAAAAAAUCUUUGUUUUUUUUUUUACAUUUAGCAGGAGAGGAAUUUGUAAUCCAUUUCCCUUCUCCACUGUCCUAAUACUGAACAGACCCUUGACUUUGAAUACGAUAAUUCAAAUUGACCUUUGUGCAACAACCUGCCCGCCUUUUUUUGCGUAAUCAGCGUGUGUUAAGCAAUGAGGUACUCCAGCCCAAUCAUUCUGUCUCAUUAUUCUACUGGGAGUCGUGUAGUCUGUUAUUACAGCCCUUUGUUAUGAAACCAGAGGAGCUGGUCGGAAUCCAUAUGAGUUGGUUCUUCCGCUGAUUGCUGUCUAAUAAAUUGUAUGAAAUUACCAACACAAUCAUUGUUUGAUUGACAGGCAGGCGUGGGGAGGGACAGGAG